AUGGGUAACGUUCCUAGCUUUGCCUCUGAGUGUGUUCUGAAGAAGGACGCCUAUGAUGCCUGCUUCAACCAGUGGUACGACAAAUUCUUGAAAGGUGAAAGCAUUGAAAACGAGUGCCAAACCCUUUGGUACGCCUACAAACUCUGUGUCGAUGCUCAGUUGGUCAAGAAGAACAUAAUUCCUGCC